CAACAACAACAACAACAAUUGAGCGGUUAUUUGUUCUUUUGCUUUCCUUUUCUCUCCUCGUGCAUGAAUUAAGCAUUAUAUAUAAUCAUUGCUCGAACGUUUCAUCAUGCAAUCAUCCUCCCUCAGGCGGUCCCUUGCGCUGCUCCAGCGUGCUUCGGUUCGGUCAUGUAUCACCGCGGGCUCCGGACGUCGGGCUAUCCAGACAGUCAGCUCCCAAGCGAACAUCCCCGAUUUUGCCUUCGCAUUCGAUAUUGAUGGAGUCCUCCUACGAUCUUCCAAGCCUAUCCCCGGAGCCGCUGAGUCAUUAGCCUUGUUGAAGGAGCAGAACAUCCCUUUCCUCCUCCUAACCAACGGCGGCGGAAAGCAUGAGACAGAGCGAGUGGCCGAGAUUAGCGAGAAACUCAACGUUCCGUUGGAUGCAGAAUUGAUCGUCCAGAGUCAUUCGCCCUUCGCGGAGCUGGUGCACGGUACGGAGGGCCCUGGCCCCCUGGAGAACAAGUGCGUCAUGGUGGUUGGAGGAGAGGGCGAUCGUUGUCGCCAGGUGGCACACCAGUAUGGAUUCAAGAACGUGGUGACUCCUGGUGACAUUUAUGCGGCAAACCCAUCCAUCUGGCCGUUUAGGUCAUUCAAGGACUAUUAUGAGAAGAUAGCGAAACCAUUGCCAAACCCGAAAGACCCCAGUGACCCUUCGAGAGGGCUGAAGAUCGAUGCAAUUUUCGUAUUCAAUGACCCGCGGGACUGGGCAUUGGACGCUCAAAUCAUCACCGAUGUCUUGCUCUCCUCUCAGGGUGUCAUUGGAACGCUUUCCGACAAGAACGGUCGCACUGACCUCCCGAACCGGGGCUUCCUGCAGGACGGUCAGCCUCAUCUUUACUUCUCGAACCCUGACCUCUGGUGGGCUGCGAGUUACCAUCUGCCUCGUCUCGGCCAAGGCGGGUUCCGCGAGGCGCUGGAAGGCAUCUGGGCUGCAGUGACCGGAGGUCCUAGCAAGGGCGUGGAGCUUAAGAAGACUAUCAUUGGCAAACCAUACCAAGGAACAUACGAAUUUGCAGAACGCCAACUGUUGCGCAACCGCGAGAGGAUGUUUGGCGCCAAUGUCCAGCCACCCUUGAGAAAUGUCUACAUGAUCGGUGACAACCCGGAGUCGGACAUUGCUGGUGCCAAUAACUACCGCAGUGGGCACGGUAGCAAGUGGCACUCUAUACUCGUGAGAACUGGUGUCUACAGUGGUGGUGAGCCGACAUGGACGCCUAAGACCAUUGUCGACAACGUUCACAAGGCGGUUGAGUGGGGAAUCAAGACCUCUCACAUUGGCAUGAUUCGCACGCCGAUUUCACCCGAGGAGACUCCCGCCGCCGCGGACGCCCCCGCGGAGGGUGCGGAGCCCACCAAGAGCGCCAGCAAGAGCGCCGCAAAGAAGGCCGCAAAGGAGAAGGCGAAGGCCGAGAAGGCCGCCGCGCGCGCUGCCCAGGAGAAGGCCCAGGCUGCCGCCGCCGAAGCCAACGACACCGCCAAGGGCCUGUACGGCAAGCUCCCCGAGUCUGAAGACGUCCUCCCCGCCACGCGAUUGGCCGAGGUUACCGACGAGCACUACGAGAAGGAGAUCACGGUGGUUGCCCGUGUGGAUAAUGCCCGCGUGCAGAGCGCCAAGCUGGCCUUCCUGAUGCUGAGACAGCAGGGUCAGAAGCUGCAGGCCGUCAUCGCGGCUGCCGAGCCCAUCUCGAGACAGAUGAUCAAGUUCACCGGCGGCCUCAACGUCAACUCCAUCGUCCAGGUGACCGGUAUCGUCAAGAAACCCGCCGUCCCCAUCUCCUCCGCUACCCUGAGCAACCACGAGGUGCACAUCCGCAAGGUCUACGUCAUCUCCGAGGCCGCCCAGAUGCUUCCCAUGCAGGUCAAGGAUGCCGAGAGACCGCCCCCGGAGACGACGGAGGAGGGACCCCAGGUCGAUGCGGACGGCGCCCCCAUCGUUACGCUCAAGACUCGCCUUGACAACCGUGUUCUCGAUCUUCAGACCGAAACCAGCCAGGCCAUCACCUGGAUCUCUAGCGGCGUGGCCCAAUUGUUCACCGAGUACAUGAUCAAGAGCGGUUCGCGGUGGAUUUUCACCCCCAAGUUGGUGGGUGCUGCUACUGAGGGUGGUAGCAACGUCUUCGAGGUCAAGUACUUCAAGAGAAACGCAUACCUUGCUCAGAGCCCUCAAUUGUACAAGCAAAUGUGUAUCGCCGGUGAUAUGGAGAGCGUCUUCGAGGUCGCUCCCGUUUUCCGUGCCGAAGACAGCAACACUCACAGACACUUGACCGAGUUCACCGGUCUCGAUUUCGAGAAGACCUUCCGUGGUCAUUACCACGAGGUCUUGGAAUUCGCUGAGAACCUCCUUGUCUUCAUUCUUACCGAGAUCAAGGAGCGCUACAAGGACCAGAUCGCCGUCAUCCAGAAGUCUUACCCCAAGGCGGGUGACUUCAAGCUGCCCAAGGAUGGCAAGGCCCUUCGUCUCAACUACAUGGACGGUGUUGCUCUUUUGAAGGAGGCUGGUGUCGACGUUUCCGAGCAGGAACGCUUUGAGAACGACUUCACCACGGCGAUGGAAAAGCAGCUGGGCCAGAUCAUCCGUGAGAAGUACGACACCGACUUCUAUGUGUUGGACAAGUUCCCCAUGGCUGUGCGUCCCUUCUACACCAAGGCCUGCCCGCAGGACCCCCGUUUCUCUAACUCGUACGACUUCUUCAUGCGUGGUGAGGAGAUCAUGUCUGGUGCUCAGCGUAUCCACGACAUUAAGGAGCUGGAGGAGUCGAUGGUUGCCAAGGGUCUUGACCCCAAGUCGGAGGGCUUCGAGGACUACCUCGCUGCUUUCCGCCAGGGAUGUCCUCCCCACGCCGGUGGCGGUCUGGGUCUGAACCGUAUUGUCAUGUUCUUCCUGGGCCUGCCUAACGUCCGGUUGACUUCGUUGUUCCCUCGUGACCCCCAGCGUCUGCGCCCUUAAGCGGGGAGUUGAGGGGUUGGCAUUAGAUCGAGAUAAAAUCCGGAUAAACAAUAUAAUGGAGUGAUGAGACUAUUC